CCUUCCGCGGGGGAUGAUGGGAACGCAGCGCAUUACUGGGAGAAAGGCGGGGAAGGGGCGGCAGGCACUGCAGUGGGCCAGCCAUGGAGCCGAGCUUGGCGGCGGCGGGGCAGGGGCGACAAGAUCCUCUCUGACCGCGUCACACCAUGCCCCUCAGCCUCUUUCGGCGCUUUCUCCUUGCCACCCUGCUGCUGGUGAUCGUCUGGACCCUCUUUGGGCCCUCAGGGGUGGGGGAGGAGCUACUGAGCCUCUCGCUAGCAUCCCUGCUCCCAGCCCCCGCCUUGCCGGGGCCGCCCCUGGCCCUGCCCCGCCUCUUGAUCCCCAACCAGGAGGCUUGCAGUGGGCCCGGCGCCCCUCCCUUCUUGCUAAUCCUGGUGUGCACAGCCCCGGAGAACCUGAACCAGAGAAAUGCCAUUAGGGCCUCGUGGGGCGGACUGCGUGAGGCCCAAGGAUUGAGGGUGCAGACACUCUUUCUGCUGGGAGAGCCCAAUGAGCAGCAUCCCAACAGUGGUGCCCAGAAGAAUGAUCUGGCAUGGGAGUCAGCAGCCCAAGGGGACAUCUUGCAGGCCGCUUUCCAGGAUUCCUACCGCAACUUGACCCUCAAGACCCUCAGUGGGCUGAACUGGGUCAACAAACACUGCCCCAUGGCCCGAUACGUCCUAAAGACAGACGAUGAUGUUUAUGUCAACGUCCCUGAGCUGGUGUCAGAACUGAUCCUGAGAGGGGGUCCUGGGGAGCAAUGGGAAAGGGGUGUGGAGCCCCCGAGAUCAGCUGAUGCUGUAAACAAAGAGCCAGAAAGCCAGGCAGUGGGGAGUCAGGCAGUGCCACUUCUGUACCUAGGCCGGGUACAUUGGAGGGUGAAACCUUCUCGGACACCCGGGGACCGGCACAGAGUGUCAGAAGAGCAGUGGCCUCCCACCUGGGGCCCCUUUCCACCCUAUGCUUCUGGCACAGGGUAUGUGCUGUCAGUUUCUGCUGUGCAGCUCAUUCUGAAGGUGGCCAGUCGGACACCCCCCCUGCCACUGGAGGAUGUCUUUGUGGGGGUAAGUGCACGACGAGGAGGCCUUGCCCCAACCCACUGUGUGAAGCUGGCUGGUGCCACCCACUAUCCUCUGGACCGGUGCUGCUACGGGAAAUUCCUGCUGACGUCCCACAAAUUGGAUCCCUGGAAGAUGCAGGAAGCCUGGAAGUUGGUGAGCGGACUGGAUGGGGAAAGGACUACACCCUUUUGCUCCUGGCUCCAGAGAGUCCUAGGCAUCCUGCGGUGUCGGAUGAUGGCCUGGAGGCAUAGCUGAGUGUGUGGGGCCAUGAGGGGACUGAGGAACUGUGGGUCCAGCCAGCACCCUCUUUCCCAGGCCCUAAGCAGGAGCCCUAGUUGGCUGCAGCUAAUUAGUUUCCUCAUACCCGACCCUCAGUCUGUCACCAAAGAUCGUGAUCCAGACUAAAUGUAGGGGCUUGGUCUGCCAGCCCCAAAAAUGAUCACCAAGGAGAGAGGGAAAAUGUUGGUAAUUCCCUCCAGCCAGAGCAGGAGAGGCACAAGAGCCCGCCAAUAAACUUGUCUCUCCAACUGUUCAAAUGUA